AUGCUGCUGGCCAACAACACGAGAGAGGAGCCGCUCGCUGCGUUCACCAUGGGGGAGUCGCCCGAGGAGCUGGAGCAGAACAAGAAGACCGGCGCCGAGCCCAUCACGAUGCCCUGUGUGAUGAUGUGUCUGCGCGACGUGCGCGAGCUGUUCCAGAAGUUCCCGCCGUCGGUGAAGACCGGCGUGCUGAGCUUCGAGAUCGUGCAGCCCAAAGAGGGCGAGGCUGUUGUGGAGGAGUGCUUGAGGGUCCAGAGAGAGCGAUACGAAGCCGCAGAGGCGGGCAAAGGGUGGAAGACCAUCAAGCGCACGACGACGUCAAUCAUCAAGUUGCUGGAGCCGCAGAACUCGCCGCCCACUGGUACGAACGCACCUCCAAUGCCGAGAGCACAGGAUGGAGAAGUCAAGCCAGAAGAGUCUACUGAAGAUGCCGCUUCACAAGCGAAUCAACCGCCUUUGCUCGCGUUCGUACAGUGGGCCACGAGCGCGUCGACGUACGAAAUCUGCUUCGCCCCCCUAGCAGAUUUUUGCUCUGCGCGCGCUGGAGCAUCGUACUCAGGAAAACUCGUGGCGUGCGAACCUCUGCUCGCUGACGGACCUCUGAGUAACGCGGAGCAGUUGAGCGGAGCUGUGGCACUGAUGCGACGUGGAUCGUGCUCGUUCCCAGAGAAGCUGGAGCGAACCCAACGGGCAGGCGCUGUGGCUGCUAUCGUGUGCAACGACGACGAGGAGGAUUUGGACGCGGCGUUCGUCAUGAGCGUGGACCAUAUCGACACCAGUAACGCCACGAUCCCAGCCGUGAUGAUUUCUCACAACAGCUUCCUGCGGAUCCAGUCAGCUGUGAACGCCACGACGACAAGGAUACUGUGUCUCUCUGGUGAAGCUGCUGAUGGACUCUUAGCGUCGAGUGGGAAGCCCGUCUCAUUCAAAGAUUUGCCCAUUCCCACGCCAAUGCCACCAUCAGGGAAGGACGACGAGAACGAAGCCUUACCGGUUCACGAUCCACUUUUUGAUCUGCUCGUGGCCUGUCGCGAUGGGGAUCACGCUGCGUGUCAGCGCGUGUUGGCGACCGUGGAAGGGAAGGACGCUAAGGGCAAAUUGGUGAGUGCGAGAUGUCCCACGACCGGGUUAACGGCACUUCACUACGCUUGCGCUGCUGGGAAUGACAACGUGGUGGAGCUCUUACUGAAGCUCGGAGCAGCUUCAGAUACCGUCGAUCUAGCGAUGCAGACACCGCUACACGUCGCAUGCGCCAACGGCAACGUCGAGUGUGCUCGUCUCUUGCUUCGCGCUGAGGCUUCUACACCUCAAGUGCCUACUGUUCUGUACAAUGUGGACGAAGAGUACGGAGGGUUGGCGACGAAGAGGGAUAUUGGGGGCGGGACAGCGAUGCAUGAAGCCGCUCGCGCCGGAUCUCCCGAGUGUGUCGAGCUGCUCCUGACGGCUAACGCUCGGGUGGACAACACAACCAGCGGGGCGACAGACAAGUACGUGUUUCUCGGCGUCAGCGCGACAGACUUGGAGGGCAGCACUCCGCUACACGUGGCGUGUGAAAGCGCCCAAGCUGAAUGCGCUGACGACGACAGGUUGUGCAGUGCGAGUCUACUGCUAGAUCGAGUGCAGUCUCCCGAUCUUCGACGCGAGCUGGAAGUUUUGUACCUGCGCCACGAAGCGCAAAGCGCCCAAAAGAGCAGCAGAGCGCUGAGAAGGGAGAACGAGGCAGUGAUCAAUCGGAUGCAAGAUCUAGAGGAUGAGGUUAACGCGCUUCGCAGUCUCGUAAAGGACCACGAAAAUUACGGGCAUCAGCUCCAACAGCUUCAGCUGCAGAUGCAAAUGAUCCUGCAUUUCCAGAGCAGCUACGGGAUGGGACGCGCUCCGCCGUCUUCGAGCAAGAACACAGUAGCGCCACCGCUACUCGAUGCAAGCCUCAGCGAUCCUGCAGGAAAGAGCGACGGAGAGCUGGCCCUUGAUGCUGCUCUUGCCCGUGAUUUGGGCAAGAAGUGCCUCCGGCAGAGCCAGAGCGGGCUGGCUGAGAAGUACUUCCUGCGCUCGCUGGAGCUGAUGCCACUCCCCGGUGUUCACCGACUUUUGGAGAGUGCUCGACAAAAUAUGCAACUGGAGAAGGAAAACGCAGCACAAGCUGAGUCAUCACAUACUCCUAACGGACACUCCGGCAGGGUACCCUUCUCAUCGAAAGAGUUAGCGUCAACCAGCACGAAGCUGGUCAAGAUUAAAACCUUGCGGGAGCAGGUCCAGGCAGCUCAAGCAGCACCGCAAGCUCGUCUCAUGCUCGAGAACGAGCUCAACAAACUUGAAGCGCUUCCAGAAGGAGAGGAGUUUGAACACGCGUGUCACUGGAUGGAGUGGCUGGUGGCGCUCCCCUGGGGAGACCCAAGCUCUGGGCUGCAAACCGAUAGUCUCUACGAUACGAAAAGGAGCGAGUUUGAGCAGCUCGAUGCUAUCGACUCAAAGCGAGUUGAAGCCUGUCGAAGUCACGCCGCGCGCAUUAUCCAGCGCACAUUCCGC